CCCGGCUUCCGGGCCGAGCGGGCGCGAUGGGGCUGUGGGCCAGUGUCGCCGAGUAGCGGCGGCGUGUGGGCCUGCCCAUCAAGAGGUCUGGCCCGAGGACCGGGCUCAAGGGUCUUUGGGAGCAGGCCGGAGGGCGCGGAGAGAGCCCGGGAUCGCCGCCCGCCGACAUCACCUGACAUGUCGGCCGAGGCUUCGGGCCCGGCGGCGGCUGCGGCCCCGACCCUAGAAAUCCCGAAGCCCACGGGUCUCGAACCUGGCUCCGCUGCAUACGGUCUCCAGCCGUUGACUCCGAACAGCAAGUACGUGAAGCUGAACGUGGGCGGCUCGCUGCACUACACCACGCUGCGCACCCUCACGGGACAGGACACCAUGCUCAAAGCCAUGUUUAGCGGCCGCGCGGAGGUGCUCACCGAUGCCGGAGGUUGGGUGCUGAUUGACCGGAGCGGCCGCCACUUUGGCACAAUCCUCAACUACCUGCGGGACGGGUCCGUGCCACUGCCUGAGAGUACCAGAGAACUCGGGGAGCUACUGGGCGAAGCACGCUACUACCUGGUACAAGGCCUGAUUGAGGACUGCCAGCUGGCCCUGCAGGAAAAAAGGGAGAACCUGUCCCCGCUGUGCCUCAUCCCCACGGUGACAUCUCCCCGGGAGGAGCAGCAGCUCCUGGCCAGCACCUCCAAGCCCGUGGUGAAGCUCCUGCACAACCGCAGUAACAACAAGUACUCCUACACCAGCACUUCAGAUGACAACCUGCUAAAGAACAUUGAGCUGUUUGACAAACUGGCCCUGCGCUUCCACGGGCGGCUGCUCUUCCUCAAGGACGUCCUAGGGGAUGAGAUCUGCUGCUGGUCUUUCUAUGGGCAGGGCCGCAAGAUCGCCGAGGUGUGCUGCACCUCCAUUGUCUAUGCCACGGAGAAGAAGCAGACCAAGGUGGAAUUCCCAGAGGCCCGGAUCUUUGAGGAGACCCUGAACAUCCUGAUUUAUGAGACCUCCCGCGGCCCAGACCCAGCCCUCCUGGAGGCCACAGGGGGUGCAGCUGGAGGUGGCGGGGCAGGCCGAGGGGAGGAUGAGGAGAACCGAGAACACCGUGUCCGCAGGAUCCACGUCCGGCGCCACAUCACCCAUGACGAGCGUCCUCAUGGUCAACAGAUUGUCUUCAAGGACUGACCUCCGACUGCUCCCCUGCCUUCCUCCUCCUAUCCCUGGGGCCCAGUCCCUAUCUCCCUUUCCCUCCCAGCCCCAGCCUUUUACCCCGGCUCUGCUGGCCAAGUCGGGGGUCUUCCUCCCGCCCUCUUGCUGCAUGGUACAGUUCACUUCAGUCUUUUCCCAUCCAUUCCCAGCUCAUCGCUAACAACACGGUACAUUCCGGCCUCCCCCUCAGUCCGAGCCUUGUAGAAGGCCUGCAUCCGUCCACUCGCGCAAUUCUUGUCUUCCUCUCUUUCCUACACUAGCAGGUUUAGAAUGAUUUGGAAUUCCCUUGCUCAUUCUUCAGUCCAUUGUACAUGCCAGAGUGUCAACCCAGCCCCCAUAACACCCACCACAUUCUGAGCCGCCUUCUGCACCAUUGUGUGGGGUAGUUUACCUCCCUCCUCCAGUUUUCCCCACCUCCUUAACUUUGUACUAGGCUGGCCGGGGCCUGCACCAGCUCAGCUAUCUCCUCAAUCUGUUUCAUAUUAUUUAUUAUUUUAAUUUUCUAUUAAAUUAUUGAAAUAAA